UGCACCUGAUACUGUAUCAUAGGCUUCUUCCAAGACUCCGCCCCUUUCUCUAUGGAGUAGAGACUAAAAGGGGUAUCCCAAACUGGUUGUAGGAGAGAGAGAAGCGGCCCCUCGGCCGCUUCUACGGGGUAUCCGACCAAGUCCUUCAGACUGAGGAUAGACUGCAGAGCUCGGGCCGACCUAUCUUUCUAGAUAGGCAUAAAGCCACCUCUCCUUCCUUUGGUAGUGAGCUGACCUGACGGUGGACGCGGGUCAAAGAGCCUCAUUAACGGGAGUGAACCUUCCCUCUAAUUAGCGAGAGGGACGCAACUCAUUAAAAGGACCAGCUCAUCUCGUUAGAGAUUGUUCCAGUUUGUUCCCGAAUUGAAGAACACAGGACUACAACCAAGACUGAAAGCAGACGACUGGCAUGCUGACCUGAUGACAAGUGACGAAGGACAGAGUUUAUACAAUCAACAUAAAAGGUCAUGGAAGGACUUUGAAAGUUUGGACUUUUGAUCAUGAGGAUAUGUAAGAAAGAAUGAAUUAUACAUGUUAACAUCACAUAUAUGCAUACACAUCCUACAUAGAAUAGGAAGUUAUCUCAUGGAAUGGGGAGAAAUAUAUAUUGAGUGGAUCAGGAGUAACUAGGAUGGAGGAAGAAUGGAAACCAUGUCAUGAUAGGAUCAGUUUAAGAAACUAAGAAUAUAUAUCCUAAAGAAGACUCGGGGAGAAGACUGGAUGGAGAUCAAAGCAGGAAUGCUUAUCCAAGAGUGACUGGAGUCUGAGGAACUUACUGAUUCACAAGGAACGAAUGACAAUGUAUUAGCUUAUAAAGGCAAAACAAUGUAUUGGGAAAGCACUGGAUCUGUAUUCCAAGAACCUGGGUUGAAACACUGGAUCAGCUACUUGAUACCCAUGCAAGUGCCUUCUUGGUUGUGAGCUUCAAUUUCCAUGAAAUCUAGAAGAUCUGCUUUCAAUUUGGGUCUGGACAAAAGAAGGUGAUACAGAUGAGAUACCAGUCAACCUAAGCUGGCAAAGGUUCAGUACUGAUUGGACCAUGGAGCAUAUUCCUCCAAUUCUGUCCAGAAACUCAACAGUUCCUGCAAAGAAACAUCCCUGAAGAAAGGGAAUGGUGGAUAGGACUUACCUGGAAUUAUGCACGGAAUGGAACCACAGAAGGGUGGAUGGUUUGGCUGGAUAUGUCUAAUAUAAGCUACAGCCACUGGCAUGAGGAUCAGCCUCUUCCCUCCUUAGCCAAGUGUGGCUACAUUAUGAAGAAUUCCCACUAUGAAUGGGCUGCAAUGGAAAACUGCACUCAGGAGUUUGCCUUCAUUUGUGAAUUUGAGUUUGGCCAGAGCCUGGCCUGUGAAGGCUCCAAUGCCACUGUGCACUGCGGCUCGGGGGAAGUCAUUCAGAUCGAUGACGGCUUCUACGGACGGCAGACCCCUCAUUACUGUGCCACGCAUGCAACGAUGGCUGCAGAGCACGGGGAAGGAUGCGGUGGGAUCGGCGUCCGGGACGAAAUAGCAGGACAAUGCCAUGGGCUCCAAGCAUGCCAGGUGGCAGCAGAUGAGGCAUUCUUUGGCGAUAUGUGCCCUUCCCUUGGCAGUUACCUUUGGAUCCAAUAUCACUGUGUGGAAGGUCUGCAAGUGAGGGUACCUGAUACGUCUUUCAUCUCUGACAAUAUCACCAUCUCUCUGAUAUGGCUGCUCUCACCUUAUACUGGAAACCUGUCCUGCAUCAUCAACACUGGUGAUGGCACAGCUAUUGAUCCAUAUUAUCCCCCAAGCAGCUUGUCCAGCAAUGUGACUCAUCGAUUUACAUCUCCCGGAGAGUUUACCAUUUUCGUCGAGUGUACAGCCAGUGAGUGGCAUGUGAGUGCCCAGAGGCAAGUGACUAUCUGGGACAAGAUGGAGAGCCUCAGGGUGACUGGUUGCUAUAAUCGAUGGGAGUCUGGAAACAGCUCCUCCUGCAGAACCCUCUAUGGAGAUGUUCUAUGGAUACAAGUGGAACUUGAUGGAGGAACGGGGGUAACUUUUAUGAUAUUGUCAGAUAACAUCACUCUGACAGAAUCUGCCAUCCAGAAAGGAGGCAUCCCACACAAUCUGACCCUGGUCAGCAUUGCACAGCCGUUACUCCAUCCAGGGGUCCAUCAUCUGGAAAUUCGGGCAGUCAGCAACAGCACCACCUCCACACUUUCCAGGAACCUCACUGUUCACAUCAUGGAGCCCCUGUCUGGUCUUCAGGCCUUCUGGGUUUCUGAUCACUUGGAGCUGGGACAGGAUCUUCUCAUUAAUGUGUCUGUGGCCCAGGGGUUCCCUGAGGAGCUGACAUUUGAGGUGGCAGGGGCCAGUGGAAACUUCUCCUAUGUGAGAGAGUGUUUGGGGAAAGAAUCCAAGGUUUACAGCAUCCCUAUGCCAGUAGAAGGAACCUUUCUGGUCACAGUGCUUGUUCAAAACAUCUUCUCCAAUCUGAGCCUGGCAAUUGGGAGAGUCAGUGUAUCCCCUAAGGAGCCUGUCCACAAGGCAACUCCUGUCAACCAAAAGCUAUCCAAGAUGAACACCCAGAAGGAAAAUAAGGAUAAAGGGAAAAACCAGAUGUAUAUUAAGCCAAGUCGGUUUGUGGAUCUCUUCACGCCGGUGACUCUGGGCUGGCCAGAUUACAACGAGAGUCUGACCUUUGCAUGGUCAUGUGGACGGUGCUGGCCUCAGUGGCAGGAAUGUGUCCAGCAGCAGCUGCUCUUCACGGACCAAAGGGAGAUGCUGGUGGAGCCUGGCUGCCUGCCUCCUCCCAACUCCGCCGUCACCCUCCACGUGCUGGUACGCGGCGUCCAGGGACAACGGUGGCGAGAUGAGCAGUGUGUAUACGUGACGGCAGAGCAGAAGCUGCACCCCCGGAUCAGUUGUGAAAAAAAUUGCAAGCCAGUGAAUGUGAGUGAAGAAGUCCUGCUGAGGGCCACUUGUGGGGAUGGCCGACAGUCUGUGACAUAUAGCUGGUAUUUAGAUACCUCCUUCCAGAAAAAGGUGGAACCCCUUCCGGCUGUCUGUGGUCUCAGUGGAUUUAGGCCAAGCUCCUUAAAGCUGCUACAGAGAAACACCCCCGUCUUGCUAAUGAACAGCUCGUUCCUGUCUGAACUCCAGGCCUCAGCCGCUGGUAUAGCUCAAAUUAAAGUUACAGCAAUGACCAAGUGGGCCUAUGGAGAACAGAUCUAUGUCAUCAGCACUCUUUAUCCUCCUGAGGUUCCAGCCUGUACUACCAUUCCAGAGCAGGGGACCAUUCUGACAAGCUUUAGGAUCUCUUGCAACACAUCUGUAGAGCCUGGCUUGCUCAUCUAUUGUUUCUGUCUGAAAUCAGAUUCAUGCCUCUACUGUGGUCAUGGGUCAGAACUCCUAUCGGCUUAUCUGCCACUUGGAGAAGCAGAAAAUAACUAUAUCCUGAAGAUUCUCAUUUCUGUUGCUAAUAAGGCUGGAGACACAGUUCAUACCCACGUGGUAGUCAAGGUGGAACAAGAAGAUACAAUCAAGGGAAAUGGAACACUUCAUACAUUGGUGUCAGAGAAGAUAAGCAACAUCCUCAUGGGAGAUAAUAGCAGCACGGCACUUGUCCAGUUGUCCAAGUCAGUGGCCUCUAUCUUGAAUCUAGGGGGCAAAGACAAAGGCUACCCUCCAUCUCUGAGAGCCAACCCUGCACAAGAGGUUAGAGAGCUCUUGUUGAAGACCCUGGCUUCUAUCCCUGUUGAUGAAAUGCAGCAGGCUUUAGGGAUGGCAGAGGCACUUAAAGAUAUCACCUGGCGCCAUGAAGAGCUCUCCCUUUCAGCCCAGCUGUUGGCCAGCCAUAUUCUUCAGAAUGUCAGCAGGUCCCUGGCAAGAGGGAUGUCUAGUCCUGAGGACAACACUGUCAGACAGAAGCGCCAGAUGAUGGUCACACACCUGUUCCAUGCAGUGGGAAACGUGCUUGAAGCAUCGAGGAGUCAAGAGAUUGAAGAGCCACUGGGCUCUGGUACAAGCCAGGUGAUUCUAGAGCUCCUCAGUACCCUGGAGAAUCUACAGAGUGCUCUCUUGCUAGGAAAGCCCCCAAGACACCAUCCCACCAUGUUGAGUUUACCUACAAUCUCCAUGUAUAUCAACAGGGUGCAACCACAAGGUCUGGAUGGUGCUUUCUUUCAUUUCAACAUAAGCAACUCUGCUGCCUUCACUCUGCCCAGAAUUUCCUCCCUCAAAUCCUUGGGCAAUGAUGAUGAACCUGUGGACAUAAGGAUGGUGAGUUUUCCUGAGAAUCCCUUCCCUGCAAGGAGCAGCUUUGAUGUUCAAGGGAGCAUUGGAGGCCUUCAUCUGACCAGCCCUGAGGGCCAACUCAUCCCAGUGAGGAAUCUGAAAGACAAUAUUGAGAUAGUGUUGCCUCGAUUUACAAAUUUAAAGGAUGCACAGACUAUGCUGAAUCUGACAACUUCAACCACUUUGCAAGUGAAUAUGACCUCUGGAAAUGCUUCUCUGGUGAUCCACCUUGAGUGGGACUUUGAUCACCCACUUAUACUGUGCCUGGGCUAUGGCUACUCUCCCAAUGAGACCAACUAUGAUGCCAAAACUCACCUUCAGCCAAAGAAUGAUCUUACAGGUCAGCAGACUACCUGGAUCCUAAGAGCUGAAGAGCUGCCUUUUGGAGAAGGAACUUAUUAUCUGAAAGUGAUUCCUACAUUUGAGCUGAAUCCAGCAGCCCAUCACAAUGUCACUGUUAGCAUCACAUGUUUCAUUUCCCAGUGUGUAUUCUGGGAUGAGCUCCAGGAGGACUGGAGCACUGAUGGUUGCCAGGUGGGUCCCCAGACUACUCUUUAUAGCACUCACUGCCUCUGCAACCAUCUCACCUUCUUUGGAAGCACCUUCUUUGUGAUGCCCAACAUCAUUGAUGUGAGCCAAACAGCUGAGCUCUUUGGCACCUUUGUGAACAAUCCUGUGGUUGUGACCACUGUGGGCUGCCUCUGUGUGGUAUAUGUGAUGGUGCUGGUCUGGGCAAGGAGGAAAGACAUUCAGGAUAAUGCCAAGGUGAAGGUCACAGUGCUGGAGGACAACGAUCCCUUUGCCCGAUACUAUUACCUGGUGACAGUCUUUACCGGCCACCGGCGGGGAGCAGCUACCACCUCCAAGGUGACAGUCACACUGUAUGGAGUGGAAGGAGAGAGUGAGCCCCACCACUUAUCAGACCCAGAUACCCCAGUUUUUGAGCGAGGAGGGGUGGAUGUCUUCUUGUUGGCUACUCUCUUUCCACUUGGGGAACUGCAGAGCAUCCGACUGUGGCAUGAUAACUCUGGAGACAGGCCAUCCUGGUAUGUCAACCGCAUAUCAGUCCAUGACUUGACACUGGAUCAGAAAUGGUAUUUCCUUUGUAAUUCUUGGUUGUCCAUUGAUGUUGGUGACUGCGUCCUUGACAGGAGGUUUCCAGUGGCCACAGAACAAGAUAUGAAACAAUUCAGCCACUUGUUUUUCAUGAAGACCUCUGUGGGCUUCCAGGAUGGACACAUUUGGUAUUCAAUCUUCAGCCGUUCCCCUCGAAGCUCUUUUACAAGGGUUCAGAGGGUAUCCUGUUGCUUCUCUCUGCUCCUCUGCACAAUGCUGACCAGCAUCAUGUUUUGGGGGGUCCCCAAAGACCCAGCUGAGCAGAAAAUGGACUUGGGUAAAAUUGAAUUCACUUGGCAGGAAGUGAUGAUCGGUUUGGAAAGCUCCCUCCUUAUGUUCCCCAUCAACCUACUUAUUGUUCAGAUCUUCCGGAACACACGACCUCGGACACCCCAAAAUGAGAAAACUGGGAAGAGUCCUGUGUCCCCACAGCUCCCUCCUACCCCAGAAACUGCACAGGAGGCCCUUCUCACCCCUGAAACUGUAACAAAGGAUAUUCGGAGAAUUGUCAGUUCACUGCUUAAAACUCUGAAGAUUUCAUCACCUGAUUCAUGUUCAGAUUUGGGGAAAUCGAUGGAUAUCAAUAAACUAUUGACUUUAAUAGAAGAGAUCAUUUGCCCACAGAACAAAACUGGGAAGGACUUUAAAGUGGAAAGCAGGAAAAAAGAGGAUGUCUCUAUCCUCACCCUUAGGUCUGUCAACUUAAAAGAACAAACCAGAAUCCCCAGAACCCAGAAAGAGAUAAAGAAUCGGCUCCAGAGCAGUGACUACAGUCAUUAUCUCCUUAUGCAUCUUCAGCAUGUAGAGAAAGAACUUUGUCUUCUGGGGCCUCAUGAUUUCCAGGAUCCCAAGUGCCAUGCCCAGGCAAUGGGGCAGGUCCAGACUCUGAAAAGCCUUCUGAGGAACCUGGAUAAUUCCCAAGAACCAACAACCAUGAGAGUCCAGUACACAGUGAACAUCAAUGGGUCCAACAAGCAAGGCUCUGUUGGCCCAGGCCUGCCCUGGUGGUUUGUCCUCAUUGGCUGGCUGCUUAUUGUGAGUACCAGUGGUACAGCAGCCUUCUUCACCAUGCUCUAUGGGCUGCACUAUGGGAAGGACAACUCCAUCAAAUGGCUUCUUUCCAUGGCAGUCUCAUUUGUGGAAAGUGUUUUCAUCACCCAACCCCUGAAGGUCCUGGGAUUUGCUGCCUUCUUUGCCCUGGUCUUGAAGAAAGUAGAUCAAGAGGAAAACUAUUCAGCACCUGUAGAUGGACACCUAUGUAGCCCAGAUUCAGACAUUUUCUUCCGAGCCCGGAGAGACAGUCAAAGUGGCAUCUACCAACCGCCUACUGAUGCUGAUGUUGAAAAGAUGAAGAAGAAUCACCUUAAGGAGCAGAAAGCAUUUGCCUUAAUACGAGAAAUAUUGGUUUAUGUAGGGUUCUUGUGGAUGCUUUUGUUGGUUGCUUAUGGGCAGAGAGACCCCAAUGCCUACUACUUCAACAGGCACCUAGAGAACAGCUUCUCUAUAGGACAGGGUGUGCUCAGUUUCCAAGAAUUCUUUUUGUGGGCCAAGACCACAUUAGUGAGCAACUUGUAUGGUUCAUACCCAGGCUUUAUCACAGAUGGAAACUCAAAGCUGAUUGGCAGUGCCCGAAUUCGUCAAGUCAGAGUCCGCAAUGACUCCUGCCCUAUCACCCAGGAGCUGGGGGCAUUUCAUGAGUGUCAUGUGCCAUAUUCCCUGGAAGCUGAAGAUAUGUCUGACUAUGGUGAAAGUUGGAAUAGCACUGGUUGCAAUGAAAGCUCUAACUUUUACCAGGCUUGGCAGUAUCAAAGUCAGACCCAGCUACGAGGCCAAUCCAUCUGGGGCAAACUCACAAUCUAUCGGGGAGGAGGCUACACAGUACAUUUAGGAACAGAUCCAAGGAACGCAUCAAGAGUUCUGCAGUAUCUCUUCAACAGUAGCUGGCUGGACACCUUUACUAGGGCAGUGUUUGUGGAAUUUACUGUCUAUAAUGCUAAUGUGAACCUUUUCUGUAUUGUGACUCUGACUUUUGAAGCAAAUACUGCAGGGGCUUUCCUUCCACAAGCAGAACUACAAAGUAUCCGACUUUAUCCUCUCACCAAUGGCUUACAUGUCUUGGUAGUAGCAGCUGAAGUGAUCUACUUCCUCUUCCUAGUCUAUUAUAUGGGCAAUCAGGGCAGACUCAUGAAGAGUCAGAAAUGGGCCUACUUCCGAAGUAAGUGGAACUUACUAGAAUUAGCCAUCAUCCUUAUCAGCUGGAGUGCUUUGUCAGUGUUCCUGAAGAGGACUAUCCUGGGGGCCCGAGAUGUCAAGUACUACUUGACCCACAAGGACAAGGCUAUUGGUUUUGGAGAAACAGCCAGUGCAGAUGCAAUUCUAGGUUAUUUGAUUGCAGUCCUGGUGCUCCUGUCAACUGUGAAAUUGUGGCAUCUGCUCAGGCUGAACCCCAAGCUAAAUGUGCUCACUUCCACCCUACGUAGAGCCUGGGGAGACAUCUCUGGAUUCAUCAUCGUGAUUGCUAUCAUGUUCCUUGCCUACUCAAUAGCAACAAAUUUGAUAUUUGGCUGGAAGCUUCAUUCCUACAAAACUCUUUUUGAUGCAGCAGAAACAAUGGUCAGCCUGCAGCUGGGGAUCUUCAACUACGAAGAGGUCUUGGAUUCUAACCCUGUGUUGGGCUCUUUCUUGAUUGGUUCCUGCAUCAUCUUUAUGACAUUUGUGGUGCUGAAUCUGUUCAUUUCUGUCAUCCUUGUUGCCUUUAGUGAGGAACAAAAAUAUCACCAGAUCAAGGAGAGGACAUCAGCGUUAGAAUUGAAAGGAUCGGCAGGAAUUCACCGAGUCACCAAAUUUGAGAGUUGGAAGGCAUCUCACUGGCCAUCAAGACCAAGUCAAACCAAAAUGGAAUCUUUAUCACAACCUAUCCACUCUCUGCGUAACUACUACCUCCCCAAGCAGCUUAUCUCCAUUUUGGAAGGUUUUAAUUGUUGGAACGUUCUUACUGCUAUGAAACCUAAAUCUUCCUCUUCCUAGCUUCUACCCAAUGCUCCUAGUUCUGUUCCCAGGACUGACGCAGAAUAAAUCCGUUUCUUUUUGUACUUGACUGUUAUUCAGAUGCUUGAAGGCAGCUGUCUUAUUCCUGCUGAAUGUUUUUGUUAAAUCACUUAGCAUAGUGGCUGGCACAGAGUAGUCAUUUUAAAAAUGCUUAUUUCCUUCCUUCUUAAAUGUCCCUGGUCCUCUUGAUUCAGUGGAUAAGAGGAAGAGAGAAAUCACUAGAGACCCAGAACAGCAUUGGCAAAGGGUGUGUUUGUGGGUCAGAGAGUUGUCCACAUUGGUGGGAACAUAGUUUGUGAAACAGUAUGAAGUGAAGCCAUAAAGAUAGCCCAAUGCCAGGCAGGGCCUUGAAUGCCAGGUAAAAGGAUUUUGAACUUAGGUAUCAAUAGGGAGUCAUGGAAGGGUUUUGAGGAAAGGACUAACUUGACUGAAUCUAAGUAUAAGAAAGCACAAAAUGUUUCCACUUGUCCAUAAUGUAAGUAAAGGGAAGAUGCUGAGCAGGGAGAGAGAGCAAGAGGUUGGCUUGUCAACUGCUCAAGCAGGUUGUUUUAUAUAGUGAUAUGGUGAUCAAAGCUUCAGUAGCUCUCUUCUAGAGGGAAAAAAAAAGACAAACUCCCUAGCUUGGCAUAAAGCCUACUCACAGUAUCAUGCCAGUCUACCCUUGAAGUCUUGCUGUAUAUUAUUCCCCAUGGUGUAUCUGUAUAAUUCAUCAAUCAACUCUUUAAAAAACAUUUACUAGCAACUACCUAGGCUCUGUGCUAGUAUUGAUGGGGAUAUGAAUUUUUAAAAGGGAGAAAGUCAAAUUAUUCUGUUUGCAGCUCUUGGAACUCAGUACUUCAUCUCUCAUGGUAGCAUCUUUACCCAGGUUGUGCCCUAUGCCUGGGAUCUCCUUCCUUCUCAUUUCUGUCUCUUUGAAUCCCUAUUGUACUUCAAUGCUCAAAUUUCAUAACAUCUCCUGGGGAAGCAUUUCUAGGUCUUCUUAAUUGUUAGUGGCCUCUCCCUUCUCCCCAAAUCAUUAUAUACAUAUGUGUGUGUGUGUGUGUGUGUAAGCUCUUUGAGGGUAAGACCUGGUUGUUUUUUCUUGUUAUGCCCAGUGCCUAGCAUAGUGCCUUCAGUCAAUAAACAUUUAUUAAUAGCAUUCUAUGUGCCAGGCACUGUGCUAAGUGCUAGAGAUACAAAAAAGAAGCAAAAGAUAGUUCCUCUCUUCAAGAAGCUCACAUUCUUCUAAUAGGGGACAUAAGCAAACAAAUAUGUACAGACAAGCUAUAUAGAGGAUAAAUGAGAACAAAUUAAAAGAGUGAAGGCACUAGAAUUAAGGGGGGGGCAAGGACAUGGUCAAAGAUUCCUAUCGAAAGUAAGAUUUUAGUUAGGUUUGAGAGAAGCCAAAGGAGCCAGGAGGCGAGGCAUUGACGAGGAGAGGGAGCAUUCCAGGCAUGGGAGACAGGAAGGGAAAAUGUUCAGAGCUGAAAGACAGUAUCUUGUUGGUAGAACAGCCAAGAGGCCAGUGUCAGUGAAUCUGAGUAUGUGGAAAGGAUUAAGGUGUAAGAUGACUGAAAAAGUAGGAGUCCUAUGAAGGACUUUGAAGAUCUCCUUCAAACAGAAGGUUUUUGUAUUUGAUCCUAGGGGCAAUUGAGAGCCACUGGAGUUAAUGAGUGGUGGGGAUGACUGGUCAGACCUGCCCAAAGUGAAAUCACUUUGAUGACUGAAUGGAGGACAGAUUAGAAUGGGGAAAAACUUGAGGCAGGCAGCCCCAACAGCAGGCUAGUGCAAUAUACCAAACAUGAAAUGAUAAGGGCCUACACCAGUGUGGGGGCACUAUUCAACGAAUUAAGGGAGUAUAUUAGAAAAUGUUGCACAGUAGCAUCAAUAGGCCUUGGCAACAGAUUGGACAUGAGGAUGACUCCUAGGUUGGGUAUCUGAGAGUCAGGGAGGAUACUGUAACCACUAAAAUAUGGUUUAAGACUGUGAAUUGCCAAAACUGUAAAAAUAAUUUUGGUGUCUUGGAUUAAAUCAAAAAUAAGUGGUCACCAUGGGAAAAAUUCCCAAAUAUGAAAAUACCCAAGUCAGCUGGGUUUUAUGGAGAUUUUAAUUAAUACAAAUGAAGGAAUUAAGAGAAGGGAGAGAGACAGAGUAAGAGGAAAUAGUAGGGAGGGCCUAGGCCAACUGGCCUAGGCCUGAGACUUAAGAGAGACUAGUCAGUCUUUUAUCACUCACCACAAGAUUUGUCCCAAGCAAGCUCUAGUGUUCAGAGAGACCCUCCAAUUCAGCUUCCAAACUGAACUCCCCAAGUUCAGAGAGACCAGCUCCUUUUAAAGAGAAAUUUCUCUUAUGUCACCUCCCCUAAAUUUUCACAUCUACCAAUCACAGUAGACUUUUCCCACAGGACUGUACAUUCUUAAUUCACAUCUUCUUUUAUUAUCACCUUCUCUGGGUAGACUAAAACUUCACACCUCUUGCUAAGCUUGCCCUUUGUAAGUUGCUUGACCUUUUAGUGAUUAAUUUAACCUUUAUAGGUACUUAGCACCCUUUUGUAUUAGAUCUAAAAAUAGACCUAGCUUAAGGUUCUAGCUUUACAAUAAGUAUGAGUUGGGGACUUUUCAUUGUUCAGUAAGGAGUUUACAACUCUAUCUUCCCCUAAGGCACUGUCAUGAGUAGGGUGGAGUAAUUUUAAAGUUCCCAAUACAUUCCUGGCCAAGUACCUCCAUUGUUUAAAAUGGGGAAUAGCUUAAUCAAAUCUUCUGAAGUAGAGUCUGAGAAAUUUUAAGAUUCACAACACCCUCAACAAUAAUAGAGAAGUGGAAAGGGUUUGGGGGAAAGAUAAUGAAUUCUGAACACAUCAAAUUUAAGAUAUCAAUUAGACAUCUAAUUCCAGAUGUCUGAAAAGCAGCUGGAGAUGAGAGAAUGGAAGUUAGCAAUGAGGUUAGGGAAAGAAGGGGAGAUUUGGGAAUCAUUAGCAUAGAGAUAGUAAUGAAAUCCACAGGAACUGAUGAGUAAUAGAGAUAGAGAUCUCUAUCAAAAAGAUAGAGAAAAGGGUUCAAGACAACCCUGAGGAAUACCUACAGUUAGAGGGUAUGAUCUGGAUAAGGAUCCAGCAAAGGCAACUGAAAAGAAGCAGUCUGAUGAAUAGGGGAGAAACCAGGAGAGAGUGGUAUUCUGAAAAUCUAAAGAGAAGAAAAUAUCAAGGUGAAAAGGACCGUGUCAAAGGCUCCUAAGAGGUCAAGGAGAAUGAGGAUUGGGAAAAGGUCACUGAAUUUUUUCAUUAAGAGAUGUGCCUUGUGCAUAAUAGGUACUUCCAUGAAGUUACCAGUUGGUAGAAAUGAGUCCUGAGUGAUCUGCUCCAAGGAUCUGGGUUGAACAAGGACCGGGUGAGCUAGAGAGAGCACCGAGGUAGGCAGGAAUGACAGGAACGCAGGCAAGUAGGGUCAGGAGCCGGAAUGGGCAGCCAGGGUGGGCAGGUGAGCUGCAAUCGAGUCUAACAGCAAACCGGUCUCGAGCAGAUGGCUGCAUGCAGGCAGGGAGAAGUGGCCGAGCCGGGUGGGAGGGAAGGGCUCAAGAAAGUCUGAAUCAGAUGGCUGCCGGCAGGAGCUGAUCAAGAUGGUUUUCUAAAAUAAGCAUCUUGGAGAAACGUGGCUUAAAAAAAAUUCUAGGCUAAAAAAUUUAGGAAGUUCUCAUCCCUUCAUGGUUGCCAACUGUAAAGAUUAAAAUUUUGGGAAACUGAGGCAGGUAGAAAUUAGUUUCUCUCUGCAAAGGAGUAUUAUUUUUAUGAGGUUUAUUGAAGAUUAAGAAUUUAAGAAUAUACAAGUAAGAAAAGCACGUGUCUAGGCCAGAGAGAGGCCUAGACAAUCUCACCUACAUCAUAAAAAAAACUGUGUCUGCUUGCAAGUGGAAACAGAAAAAGCCCCGCGAAAGCCUUUCCAAUCAGGUUAAAUACCCCUUCUGGAUCUUGGCCCAGGUGAGAAUUCAGUGAGAUUACAAAGCAUUUUGAGGAAGUGGAGCAAGGAUUUAUGGGAAUUGAAGUACUGGAUUCAAGUCCAUUUUUACAUUAUUCAAAUUCAUGGUGUUUGAAGUAACUUGUGAAAUGUGGCCAUUGGUUCUAGCACAAUGGAAGUAUACAAUGUUCAUUUGAAUAAUGCAUUUGGCAGCUGAGGGUGACUGCUGGAGGAGCUGCCAAUCAAGCCAGCACUAGUGGAAUCAUGGCUGAGGUUUUUUGUAUUGUUUUCUUUUCCUGGGCAGAUGCUUUGAAAUUUCAAAUUGGCUGGAAACUUUACUGAACCGCUGUUGUAUAAGAUACUGUUUCCAGGUUAUUCUUGUUACACUGUUACAAUGGUUAUGUGGCUACUAGAAACUGUUUAUGCCAAUUUGUUGUUAGUGCCAUAUUUUUUACUGGUGCUGUUAUAAUGUUUUGGGUUGGAAAGCCAUUACAUCGCUUAUGCAACUCACUUUACAAAGGAUAUGUUCUUAUAUACCUAUAGUAUUGCUUGGUUUUGGAGGUCUGUACAAAUUUAAGUGAAUUUUCCUAGCUGUUGUUUAUAAGAUCAAGGCUAUUGUAUCUACGGUGUUUAGAGAUCCUGAAUUGAAGCAAAUGGUUUUAUUGUUGCAAGUUAAAUUGGAUAACAUGGAAAAAAUGUUGUUGUGGUGGUCUUGAUAAUACUAAUGUUGGUCAGCAAGCAGAGGGGGUGUGUGUGCUGAAACAUCCAAAAAUCCCUCUAUGCUUGAAAGGGAAACUAAAGCAUUGAACAAUAAAUCUGCUAAUUUAUUUCCUUUAUUGGAAAAUACCUGUGUUACACCAGAUAUAGGACUUGUUCAUAUAAGAACAAACAAGCAGUUUUCAUCAGCUGAUUUGGAUUCAAAUAAAAAAGAACACCUUAUUUUUUUUCAACAAGCCUCAUCAAAUAAUUAAGAAGUUUAAGUGUGCAAUUAAAAUUUUUGACCCAGAUUUUGCAGAUUUUUCUCCCUAAUUGAAGAAUUACUAGGAGAAAGAGAGCAGUUUGUAGAGGAGACACACAGAAAUCCUGCUUUAAUACCAUGGCCUCAAAUUUUUCAAGAAGUUAAAUUGAAUUCUAUAGAUAAUUACAGAUUUCUGGGACAAACUAGGGAGUUCAUUUUAGAGGCCAUGAAAGCCAAUGCAAAAAGACCUGACCCCUGGUCUAAAUUUGAGCAAAUAAGACAGGAGAUUGGAGAACCACCUGCAAUGUUUUUAGAUAGGUUAAUGGAUGUUGCUGAAAUUCAAUUGGAACUGGAUAUUUUAUCUGAAGAAACCAUUGUUCAUAUUAGGAGAUUAUUUGUUAGGAAUUCAUGCAUUAUGGUAAAUUAAAAAAAAUUUUUAAGACCAAUUGCCCUGAUUAGGAACCAUUGAGUUUGGAAGAUCUAAAAAAGAAAGCUUGCUAUGUCUACCUAGCAGAUGAAGAUAAACAUUCAAAUGAGAAUGAUGGGAUAAUAGAAGAUUUAAAAAGCAGAUGCAGGAAGCUAAUAAGAAAAUCAAAGACAGUGAAGUUAAGUAGAUAAAGGCAGUAGCUGCUCUAAGAUCUGUGCAGCCUAAACCACAGUAUGUACCCAGGCAGUGAAGGUCAGAAGCUCCAGGAUGUUACUUAUGCAACCAAUUGGGACAUUUUGUUAAAGAUUGUUGGUUUAGAGAACAAUUCUCUAGACAAUUGAAUAGAAAUAAUGGGUUUAAUAACAGCUGGAGAAAAAUUCUUUUGGUUGACAAAAUAAUAAUAAUGGAAAUAGGUAUUCUUCAUAUCAAAGACAGGGUAAUUCCAAUGGUUGUCCAAAUGGUUGUUGUCAAGGAAUCCAAGCCCCAGACCUAAUAAUAAUGCAGGAUUGGAUAAAAUCAGGAGCUAGAUCCAAGUUUAGCCAAGUAGCUGGUUGUCAGAAGAGGAAUCAGAAGAAGGGUGCCUAUUCAUUAUGAAGAUGUACCCAAAAUUCUCCAGUGUUGGGUAAAUCAUUUCAAAAUGGGCUUAUGGUUAUAGAUAUUAGAUAUGAUGAGGAUAAUGUAAAUGAAUCAGUGAAUAAUGUAGUUAAAACAAAAUUAAAUGUAAUUAAUAUUAGUGAAUGUGGGGUACAAGACAAUUUUGAUGUAAUAGUGUAUGAAAAUUCUAAAGAUUGUGCAAUAAUGGAAAAUAAUGGAGAAUGUAAAAUGGAUAAAGAAAUUGUGAUUAUAAUUGUGAACAAUGUAACUAAUAAAGAAGGGGAAUCUGGGGAAUGUGAUACAGAUAUAAAAUCCUAGCAAAGUUAUUCAGUUCAAGCAGAUGUUUGUUUGGGUGGACAGGAGGUGACUGAACUUUGCACUAAUGUCACUGUGUUAGCUCCAGUGUUGGAAACAUUCCAACCAUCAAAUAGCAUGGAACCAUAUGUGUCUGUGACUAUUGGAGACCAGAUCUAUGACCUUCUGGUUGACACAGGGGCUAGCAAGACGGUGUUACAAACUCCUCCUGAAAAUUGUAGGGCUAUUUGGUACAACAGAGGUUGUGGGAGCUACAGGAAGACCACAAAGAGUAGCCUAAUUGCAACCAAAGAUGGUUUCUUUGGGACCAUUAAGUGUAGAGCUUGCAGAAACUAGGAAACAGCUUUUACCAAAAGAUUUUUUUACACCUAUUUGUGACAAGCCAUUCAUAGGAAAGGUCAUUUUGCUAUAUAAGCUGUUGUGGAUUCUGUUAAGAGAUUGUGGGUAGCACCAGGAAUUAGUACUGUAGCAAAUAGGAUCUGUAGUAUCUGUUAUUUUUGCCAAAAGUUCAAUCAAGGUGCAUUCCAAAAGAGAGGUUUAGGUGGCCUUUAGCAUACUGUCCAUUCAAUAGUUUGCAAACAGAUUAUAUAAGUAUGCCAAAAGCUGGAAGAUUCAAGUUUUGCCUUUUGAUUGUUGAUCCAUUAACAAAAUGGCCUGAGGUGUUUCCAUCUACUACAAAUACAGCUGGCUUUGUGGUGAAAGGGUUGCUUAGGGAGAUUGUUCCUAGAUUUUGUGUUACAAUUACCAUAGACUCUGACAGAGGAUCUCAUUUUACUCAAGACAUUUUGAAAAGAGUUUAUGAGUAUCUGAGAAUAACACCCAAGUUUCAUAUUCAUUACCAUCCACAAAGUUCAGGUCAGGUGGAACGUUUGAACAGGAAACUCAAGACUAUGGUGGGGAAGAUUUGUGCUGAAACUUAUCUAAAAUGGACAGAUAUUCUUCCCAUAGCUUUGUUUUUCCUGCAUACAAGACCUAGAGCAGAUUUGCAUGUAUCAUCAUAUGAAAUGUUAUUUAGUCAUGUUCCUUCACAGGGUAAAAUUUAUAAAGCUGCCUAUACUUCUCUCUUGGAGGGAGACUGUCAAAUUGCUUCAUAUUUAGUUGCUUUACAACAAAGACUUAGAGAAUUGCAUGAUGUGGGCCACUGGAUUAUUCUCUCCAUAAUUUCUAGCCAGGUGAUCUGGUAUAUGUGAAAAUUUUUGCCAGAGCAUCGGCUACACAAGAAAGCUGGGUUGGUCCUUAUACUAUUGUGUUAAUUUUACCUUCCUCAGGGAAGGAAGGAAGGAAGGAAGGAAGGAAGGAAGGAAGGAAGGAAGGAAGGAAGGAAGGAAGGAAGGAAGGAAGGAAGGAAGGAAGGAAGGAAGGAAGGAAGGAAGGAAGGAAGGAAGGAAGGAAGGAAGGAAGGAAGGAAGGAAGGAAGGAAGGAAGGAAGGAAGGAAGGAAGGAAGGAAGGAAGGAAGGAAGGAAGGAAGGAAGGAAGGAAGGGAAAGGAAAGGAAAGGAAAGGAAUUUUACCUUCCACAGUAUUAGGAAGAGAUUCUUGGUUCCAUUGUUCUCAUGUAAAAUUAGCUCAUAGAAUUGAUGAUGAAAGUGUGGAAAUAAUGGGAGGUGGAAGAAGGAGAAAUUGCAGGAGUUGAAGAAGAAGAGUUGGUGAGUAGUUGUGAAGCAGAAAGCUGAGAGAUAAAAUAGUCAAAUGAGUCUGCAGUCAGAAAGAUCAGUAAGGAGAGGACAAUUCCUGCGGAAGAGGGGAGCACUACAGAGGAGGAUCCAGAGACAACAGAGGAGAUUGUGCAGAAACUGGAUGAUUUACAGAUGAAAAGUGGAUAGAGACUUUAAAGAAGAUUUUUCACUGAAGAGGAUUAGGUGACUGAUGGACAAAUGUUUGUGAGAUUUUGUGUCAUGCAACAUAGCAUAUUUUCAUAUUAGAAUGCAUUCAAAAUUACAUAUUACUGCUAUGGACUUUGGAGAAGAAGAGAUUUCAUCAGACAAAAUGAGAAGAUGAAGGAUCUGAAGUUUUGGUAAGUAUUUUGCAUGCACAUAGACAUACACAUAAACAUAAACAUAAACAUGGUUAGGAUACAUUGAUUCACUACUAGUUAUAGGAUUUAGUUAUAUAUGAGUGCCCAUGUAGAUAAAUUGACACUGUUUAGAUUUUAGAUAGAUUAGAAUAGUAGUAGCAUAGUUAGGUUAGUUUUUAUGAGAUCUCAUUGAGAUAGGAUAUCUGAUUUCAGAUGUUUAUUUUGAUAUCAGGACACAUAUAGGGAUAUAUUUAGAUAGAUUAGAGUUUAGGGUUGACUGGUUAAGGUAGGGUAGUGAAUUACAUUGCAACAUAUUACAUAUUACAUAUCACACAAAAUGUAAAUAGAUAAGUAAACAGUAUGUAUGAUAAGAGUUGAAAAUUGUAUUAUAGUGUUUGUACAUAUGUAUAUGUAUAUGUAACAUGUAUAAUGUAUGUAUAUGUGUACAACAUAAAUGUAUGUAUUGUAUGAAUAUGUAUAUAUAUAUAAAAUUGUGUUUGUAGUUAAAAUUUGAUAUUAAGUUCUUUAGAUAGGAUAGUUUGCACUUUUAUGUUGUAGUUUCACUUUUGUGUAAUGAUAAUAAGGUAUAAUUUAGAAUGAGAUUGUUUUGAAUUUUCAUCUAAUUUGAAUGUAUUUUGCAUAGGUAAGUUUUGAUGGAUUGGUUUGACUUUUUUGUAAAACCUUAUGCUAUGUUGUAUUUAUUGUAAUUUUUCUGUUUUCUAUUUUAUAUAUUGCAAUAGUUUUGAUAGCAUUCUCUUCUGUAUUAAUUUAUAAGUAUAAUAUUUUUAUGACCUUA